AUGGAGAAUUACGUGUUCCUGUCACUGGACGAGUGCUACGCGUUGAACGGGACGCAGCGCUAUGUGGAGAGAAACAUCUACAACCGGGAGGAGUACGUGCGCUUCGACAGCGAGGUCGGGGAGUACCGCGCCGUGACCGAGCUGGGGCGGCCCGACGCCGAGUACUGGAACAGCCAGCAGGACUACCUGGAGCAGAAGCGGGCAGAGGUGGACACCAUGUGCCGACACAACUACGAGCUGGACGAGGGCUUCACCCUGAAGCGCCGGGUCCAGCCUAAAGUACACGUGUCACCCUCCAAAAAGGGCUCCCUAGAGCACCACAACAUGCUUGUCUGCCGCGUGACAGAUUUCUACCCAGGCAACAUUGAAAUCAAAUGGUUCCGCAAUGGCCAGGAGGAGAAGGAUGGGGUGGUGUCCACAAGCCUGGUACACAAUGGAGACUGGACCUUCCAGAUCAUGGUGAUGCUGGAGAUGACCCCCCAACAGGGGGACGUCUACACCUGCCACGUGGAGCACCCCAGCCUGGACGGUCCUGUCACCGUGGAGUGGAGGGCACAGUCUGACUCAGCACGGAGCAAGAUGCUGACUGGCGUUGGGGGCUUUGUGCUAGGGCUCAUCUUCCUUACGGUGGGCACCAUCAUGCGUGUGAGGAGCAAGAAAGCUCCACAAGCACCUAGAUAAGUUGGGUUUCUGCUCUGAACUGAAAGACUAGAUGUGCCUCAGAACAAGGAUUUUUCUGUUUCUUUAGCCUCAGAGGCUGAUUUGGGGAGGAAACCCCAGCUUCCUCAAGAAACGUUGCUGCCAGCCAAGUAAUUGCUUUGAAACUAGCUUUUCUAUUUUUACUCUUUGAUUCAGUGCAAUUUCUCUCCUGAGGCCUCUAUAUGCCCUUCUACUUAGCUCAUUAAAGAAUAAAAUCCUUUUUCUU